AAAUCCCUAAUAUAUUGGCUCGUUCUUACAACAUUUUAUGAUUAAAUAAUCCAACACACUAAUAAUACAAAUAUUACAACCUUGCACAAACAAUAAAAACAUCCCUCUCUUUCAUUCAUUCUUCUUGCCAAGUUUUUUCAACAAUCUUUCUGUCUCUUUAAUUUUUCCGGAAAUUUUUGGGAUAGAGGUGGAAAAUCAAAGAAAAACCCAGAAAAAUUCGAGGAAAACCCAGAAAUUUCAUUGCAAAAAAAGUCAAUAAAAUUGAUCAAUUAUGUGUCCUUUAAGAUUUAUCUUGGUAUUUUUCUCAGCGAUUUUGGCUGGGUUUUUGGCAUGGAGAUCAUUUCGUUCUGCACCCGACCUUGAUACCACCUUUUCUGAAGAUUUGGUAGCUGAUAAACCUGCAUCUUCAAUGGAUGAUCACCAAGAAAGGAACCUUAAAAUGAUAAUUCAAGAUGGUUUCUGGGUAUUUGUUGACAUGGCUAGUGGAAGAUACUUGUGGAGAAAUUUGAAGGGGAUGAAAGCAGUGGAGAAAGCAAAGAGCUGCUAAAACUUCUCAAUUUCAUAUCCUUGUAUUUUUCACUUUGUUGAAUUUGAGAUUUUUUUUUUCUUUUUUUUUUCGGUGUUAACAUAGCCACAAAAACGAUGAUGUAGACGGUAUUCAAUCUGGUGUCACGAAUAUGAGUUACCUUGUAAGUUACCAAGAAAUACAAUUGUGUAAAUUUAGUUCUGACUUAAAGAAUCUGGGAAUUUUCCUGUGUCAAAUAACAUUGUAAUUGUAAUUGGGCAUGAUUUCUGAAAAAGAGAUUUAACCCAGUAGAGCUUUUAAUCCAAAAAUGUGACUAUGUUAAUUAUCUUGGACUGAUUUUUGGCUAUUUUUCUGGGGUUUUGUCUUCUAAUAUUUGGAUUUGAAGUCAACCGACAGUUGGGAAAGAUUGUUAAUCACCCCUUUGUAGCUUUUACAGCAGGGAAGCUCAAUGUGUAAGUUGUAAUUUGCUCAAUGUGUAAGUUGUAAUUUGCUCAAUGUGUAAGUUUUGAUUUUAUGAACCAUACAUUAUGCUGGAA